AUGCCUGAAAUCUCGAAAAGAAAGGUUCAACCAAUCGAACAAACAAUAGCUACUGAUGCUGCAACACAACAGACCUAUGGACUGGACAGGGCCAAGUACCAACGACCAAAGCGGUUUGCAAUUGUACCGGCAUUUGUCUUUGUAAUCUUGUCAUUGCUUGCUAUGUAUUAUAUGCGAAUUGCGAGCAACGCUGCCGGGGUCGGUGAAAAAAUGGAACACAUCAAUAACAUCAAAUAUUUCCCCGAAUACAGCGUUCCACUCCGGACGACGUAUACCGGGCUUGGUCCUCUCGAUGGCUUCCUUCAGUUCCUGGUGACCGCAUUCGCACCUGGAGCUGCAGGAUGGGAUCCGGCAUUCCACAUUCUUCAGCCUUACUUCCUGGUAUCGUUUUUCCCACUUGUCUCGAUCUUUGUGAUCGAGUCGGGCAGGAAGCGGAACCAUCACGCACUCACAAGCUACACCGGCGUAUGGGCUCUCUUUUACCAAACAGUAGGUGGCGCUGUGAUCAUACCUCUCUGGUUCUUAGCAUACCUCUGGGACUCUAGGAGCAGCGAUUACUUUUCACCAGAGUCACGAAAGGUUCCCCUGGCUUAUGCCAAAUCUUUAUUGCCCGCGUUGGGCAUUGGAUAUUUGAUCCCGACGAUUUUGAUGUUUCUACCUUAUUCGCAGGAGGAUUACUGGACGACUCAAUUUAUGAUCGCGUUAUGGCAACCCUCCCCAUGGUUCGUCAAUGCAAUUCGCUGGGUUUUGUCCAAGUUCUACGCAAAGGAACAACCUGGGGGUGUUGAGGACGAGAAUGGUUCUGAAGAUCAUCCAGCCGAUUUGGACUAUCUAGGGACCAUCUACAGAAUGACCUUCGUCGUGUCAGCUGUGACACAUAUCGCGACGAUGGCCAUCUGUUUCUUCUCCACACGCCCAGAGUACUCCUUCCGCCAGGUAUUCAUCCCAGGGGAGAUCACCACCGAUACCUCCCUUUCGGAAGCUCUCCGAAUGAUUUUCCAGGUCGACUUUUGGAUCAUAUUCAGCGCUGCAUUGGUGUGGGCUUUGUUCGCGGUCUGGGAUUUAAAGAGGGUUGGAUUGACCGACGUAGGGCUGCUCAACAAUGCAGUCACAAUAGUCGUACAGGCAAUCAUAUUUGGUCCGGCAGCAACCACUGCAAGAUUCUGGAGCUGGAGAGAGUACAUGAUGAUCAAAAAGCCAACGGGCGCCAAUCAAGAGAAGCACGAUUGA